GUCAUUUUGUGUGAACGCAAGGGCAAGAUUGUGCACUCCAAAACCAACUCAGUCAACUCCAAAAGAAGACUCAAGAAGAACAAAGAUAUUGAAACCAUCCUGAACAUCAGUAAUAAUAUGAUAGUCUCAAGGAUCGAUUCCUUGAAGCCUGGGUCUAAAUCUAGAAAUAAUGACUGUAAGUUAAAAGCAAAUAAGACUAACGUUUCAAUGAAUAUGUCCACUUACGACAAGCAGAUGCUUCCCAAUUGUUCCCAGAUAAAGGCAAGCAUGGCUCCAUUAAUCUGUUUAGAAGUGUAAGAACAUUAUCCAGCUCAAGAAGAGGAAAUAAACAACAGAGUAACAUUAAGUCCAAUGUUUCCAAUAAUGAAGAGUUGCUCGCUCCAGAUCCUCAGAUGCAUUAUCAGAAAUAGCCCCUCAAUCUGUAGCUUAGACAAUGAGUUGCCGUCUGCUACGCUGAAGACACCUCAUAAGAUUUACUCCAAAAAGAGUGUCAAUAGUUUGAACCUGUCAAAUUCAAGAGCCAAGAUGGCUAGAAGAAGGAUGAACAAUAAAACCGUUGUUCUGAAUAAAAUUCCAAAUUCCAAAAAUAAACCCUCAAAUUUGCUGAAGCAAAAUACAGGAAAGAAACCCAUCAGCAAUGAGUUUAGUUUUGGGUUCACUCCCUCUGGCUCUGGGACCUUUAGCCCCUCAAUCUUCAAUAAGGCACUUGAGUUCGAGCGCAAGUCCUUACAAGAUAUAGAGAAGUAUGUUAGAAGAAACAGGAAGGCUGUUUUGCAAAGGAGUCAUCAAGCAUCUCCUCCAGAGAUCAUGCUGAAGGCAGAACCCCAGAAGGAAGAAAUUAAGGAGCCCAUUAUUGUUGAGCCAGGUAUCCCAGUAAAAACAGCUGAAAAUGAUCCAAGGAAUGAGAUCCAGAAAAUAAAAAUAGAAAAACUAGUUGACCAAAAUAAUUCCAGGCUUAAGACCAAGAAAUUGAUGAUGAUGCUUAACAGAAUCAUUCUGAGCAAUGAUUCGAAAAUUAUCCAGAUUCUUGAGGAGAACAAAAAUUCUCGAUCAAGUCCUUACUCAAGGAACAGCAAAAUGGCCAAUAGGCUUGCCAUGACUCAUAUCGAGAAGGAGAAGACAAGCCUACUGAUGCCAAAGAAAAGCACAAUGUUUAUGAGCAGACUCAAAGAGAAGAGCAUGAAUUCAUUGACUCUCAAGUUUGACCAAGAAGCCAGUCCAAAUUUAGCGAAUAUUGGAGGAUCUCCUGAUCCAAGUCAAACUCUGAGAGAAGAUAUCUCUGAAGAGAGUUCUUCUUUCUGCAUGAGCGAGUCUGAAAGCCAAUCUUCUUGAAGUAUUAAGGCCGCUAAGAUAUUCAAUACGAAGACCAGUAACCAAUCUGAGGUUUUCAAGAAUCUACAGCUCAGCCAAUUCAAGACUUCUAUGACAAGAAGUGAAAAUCUAAAGAAGAAUGAGACUGCCUCUGAUAAAAUAGAAGACUCUUUUGAAAACGAUUCUCCAUCAAUUGGAAAUGCUCCAGGUAUCAAAAUUCUGGACAAAUUUUACACUCAUGAGGAGAUAGAACAAAAUUUCCAUAAAAUAACUGAAAAGUAUACAUCUAAAGAUCUAGAAAAACACACAGAAAACUCCAAAGGCAGCCCAAGCGAGACUGAUGAAUUCAGUGAAGAAAAGUUGUUGAAGAGAAUUGAGGGGAUGAAGAAGAGGAGAGCAGAGUCGUUAGGGAUGGUGACAAGGUUGUUAACAAAAAUCGACGAGCGCAAGCACCUUCUCACCUCCAAAGCCCAGCUGAAGCUGGCUAAAAUUCCUCCCAAAGUCCAAGGUCUCAAGUACAUAUUUGACCAGUUCAUCAGCCAGUUCGAACAAGAGUCUCCCGAAAAUGCCAAAUUGAUCAAAUAAGUUGUGGAACAACUUACUUUCUGAACUAGACGGGGUGUCCAAUGAGGAGGUUUAUGAAGGAUUUGGGAUUAUAGAGGAGGUUGAUAGGGACGUGGAGUUACUGGUGAGAGGGUGUAGGCAGGAUAUUGAUACUUUUGAAAGACAGAAUCAAGAGAUGGUUGAGGUUUAUAAGUAAAUAUGUUGAUUGUAAGGAGAAAUUGGAUAUGUCAGCACAGAUGUGUAGGAAAGAGAAGAGUCUGAAAGAUGAAUACCUGAGUCAACUAGUUGAGUUCAAGGACCAAGUGUACUCGUUUAUUCCAAAUUAUGAUAAGAUUGUCAAGGGGCCUCACAGAGUUUCUGUACCUACCUCUGAAUCUAACACAUAUUUCAGUAGUUCUUCACAGGAAAAUUAUUUAAAAAUAAUCGACACAAAUUUGAAACAACUGAAUAUGUACAAGGAAGCAUGAGAGUACCUCAAGAAAGAUUGUAGCAGACUCAGCCGGAAAAACUCAACUUUAAAAGAAAAACUGAAAGAGGAAAUGGAAAAGAUCGAAAGACUAACUGACGAGAAAAGAGUACUUCUAAGACAACAGAAAAAGAAAGGUUCUAACAUUAUGAUAGAUCAAGAAAUUCAGGUAGAGACCUAUGUUCAGCAUGAGCAGAGUCCAGAAGACGUUAAGGAAGUCAUUUAAACAUACAAGAGGUACUGCAGCUUGAUUUUCCUCCAACUUAAGUCCCUCAUAUUGCUUUUGAGGGCUAGAGUCAACGGCAGUUCUAAUACUUUGUAAGAAUGUUAGCAUUUAUGAUAUCUUGUG